AUGGCCAUCAGAAAAUUGAACAAAUUGUCACAAGCAGCAGUUAUAAAGCAGAUUAUGAAGAGGUGCUCGAGUUUAACGAAGAAACAUGCAGGUUAUGAUGAAGAGGGGCUUCCUAUGGACGUCCCAAAAGGGCAUUUUGUAGUGUAUGUUGGUGAUAACAGAAGCAGAUACAUUGUUCCAAUUUCAUUCUUGAGUAAACCAGAAUUUCAGAUUCUUUUGCAACGUGCCGAAGAAGAAUUUGGGUUUGAUCAUGAUAGGGGACUCACAAUUCCUUGUAAAGAAGAUGAUUUUCGAGCAAAAUAUGCAGCUAAGGGUUUAGUGGAUGUUGGAAGUCUGGGUCGUGUAGGCUCAAGGUUUUGGAAAGCUGUGGUAGAUUGUUUCCCUGAUGUGGUUGCUAAUAGCCAAUGGAAGAUAAGGGAAGGAAAAAUAUCGUUUUGGUAUGAUAACUGGUUAGAGGAGGGCCCACUUUGCCAAAGAGUGGAGCAUAUUGUCCAACCUAGCUUGAAGGUGUAUGAAAUAUGCUUGGAUACUGGUUGGGAUGUUGAGAAGUUGGGUCAGUUAGUAGGGGCUAAUAUAGCUGCAAAUAUCAUGGAAAAAGUUGGAGGUCGAAAAUCUGGAAGGGAUACUCUAAUAUGGAGACCAAAUGUACAAGGAAAAUUCUCAACCAGGAGUGCUUGGGAGGUGAUUAGAGUAAGGGCUCCCAUGGUGGAGUGGGCAAAAUGGGUGUGGCAUAACGCUCUUCCUAAGAGGAGUUCAGUUGUGAUAUGGAAAGCUUUGUCGGGAAGUCUCAGCUUUGAUAAUAGGAUACGUCAAGUUGGAGUGGCUAUGGCAUCCCGGUACAAUUGUUGCACUACUGGCCAUGAGGAGGACUCAAACCAUGUUUUAAGUACUGGAGACUUUGCAGAUGAGGUGUGGAGGAGACUUUCAUUGGCACUUGGUGUUAGGUGGCGUACAAGGCAGUCCUGGUUUUGGAUUCGAAGAUGUAAAGCAAGAAUGGAGGGAUUGUAUGAAUCAGUUGAAGAUGUUGUUCUGUCCAUUAGAUUUUGGUUGCAGCACUUAGCAACUAAUGUUAAAAAGACCAGAGUAUUAACACGGGAAGAGGAAAAGUUUCUAACAGAUAUGGGCAUUCCUUGUGUCGUCAGGAUAUUAUCACCAGUACAUUUGGUGACUUGGAAGAAACCGAUGCUUGGGAGAGCAAAGCUUAAUGUAGAUGGAAGUAGUUUGGGAAACCCGAGCCAGGCAUGUGGAGGAGGAGUGAUUUGUAAUGAUAAAGGGAUGGUGCUGGCAGCGUUUGCCACUAAUUUUGGGAUAGCAUCGAAUAAUGAAGCUGAGCUGAGAGCUCUGCUUGAGGGUCUUAAACUUUGCCAACAUAUAGGAGUUUUCCAUGUUGAUGUUGAAUGUGAUUCCAAGAUUGUUGUAGAAUGGAUGUUGAAACGCAAGUGCACUGUUUGGUAUUUGUGA